CCGUUGAACCUCCCGCCCUGUGGGGCCCAUCCCUGUCGAUGAUGGAAGAUCGUCCUGUAAGCCGAUGCUCUCAACCACUGAACGUCGACGAUCGAUGCUUGUUGUACGGGAGAGGGGUCGCAACAGUGGAGUGCACCUCGACGUCAUACAGGCAGCAACAUAAAUAGCAGAGGCAGUUGCGAAUCAACCCAGUCAACAUACAAAACAACGACCUGCCCAACCCACUCAAACAACAGACCACUCAACAAACCAUUCAAGCAAUCGACUCACGAAAUAUGUCCGACCAGAACCAGCAACAUCAGUCCAAGGGCUUCUUCGGCACCGCAGCAAGCGGCCUCGGAAACACACUCGGCGCUGCGACCAACACCAUUGGUAACGGCGUGGGUACCGUGACAGAUGCCGCGGGCAACGUUGUCGCGGCUACAGGGAAGGGCGUCGGUGAUGCUGUGACGGGAGUCUCUAAGGGCGUGGGUGACACCACUAAGGCUGGUGGCAACUUCGUCAAGGACACAGGGAGGAGUGGGACAGACAGCGUUGGGCUGACAGAGAAGGAGCAAAAGUAGCAAGGCUCUGGGGGAAGAGAAUGGCGGAGGUGACUGCUUAGAGCAGGAGCGUGCUGAAACUCGGGUGCCCUGUGUUUGGUUCUCUGCCCGUUCCACGGCAUUGUUCUGAAGUCGUGUGACUCGAUGUACUAUGCAGCUAUACUAUACGAAAGUCGCACAACGCUUCUGAUGCCAAUGAACGUGUCGUGUGAGGUGAUUACCAAAUGAAUUGUAUUGAAAUAUUAGUCGUGA